AUGGCUACUAUAACCGUAUCUAUGAAGAUAAUAUGCCCGGACUGUGGUAAACAAAUGGCAAAGAAAAAUUGGAAAGAUCAUGCUCGUCAAAAGCCUACAAUGACUGAAGAUACAAUUAAAAAAAAAUAUGAAGAAUUAUUACCAUCAACACCUAGUAUAUCUAACGACAAACCUAAAGCUGUAAUUAUACGUCAUUUUUUUUCAACAAAAAAAUUCGCAAAAUCAAUAUCGAAUUCUCAACAAGAAGAUCAAAGUGAUGAGAUUUGCAAUAUUGAAGAUGUAAUCAUUAAUGACCAAAGUCACAUUCCACUUAAUUCUGGAGAAGAGUUAAUUAACCAUGAAACAAAUCAAAUCGAAAUCAUAUCAACAACUUCUACAAAUAAUGUAAAUUUUGAUUCAAAUGAAUGCGAUUACCAUUUGUCACAAGACAAUUAUGAAAUAGUUGUUAAAGAUAAGGAAUGUUCUUUGAAUAUCAAUUCUGCCACAACAAAUAGUGCUGAUACUCUGAGUAAUUAUGAUCAAUCUUCAUCUUCUAUAUUAAUACAAACACCUGUUAAAACAAUGUUAGAUGUAUCCAAUAAUAUUGUUACAUCAAUCAAAGGUGUCAGAUUUAUUAAUUCUCAUGAAAUGACGAUAAUUCAAAAACAACGUAGUAACCAUCCAGAUAUACCAUGGAAUUCAAAUAAAAAUCUGCCAUCAGCUAAACCAAGCCCAGCAUGGUUUUCGACAGAUCAUCCAUGGCUGCGUGCCAUUCGUACAGAUAAUCAAUAUGGUUUAUUAUGCAUUGACUGUGGCGAAUUUGCAUCGAAUGAAGCGGCUAUUAAAAAGUCCCAAGGUGCAUUCAUUGUAAGACCAUACUGGAAGGAUCAAGGAACAUAA